GCUCCCGGGCUGUCCAGGGGCACUGGCCCAGCCGCAGGAGCCCGCGCUCAGGCUCCCGGCCAUGGGGCGGCGGUCCCCCGCGCUCCGGCCGCUGCUGCUGCUGCUGCUGCCGCCGCUGCUGCCCCGGGCGCUGCGCGGGGAGCCCUGCCCCGAGCCCUGCAGCUGCCCGCCCGACGGCGCCCUGCGCUGCCCCGGCCCGCGGGCCGGCCUCAGCCGACUAUCACUCACCUAUCUCCCUAUCAAAGUAAUCCCAUCUCAAGCCUUCAGAGGACUUAAUGAGGUCAUAAAAAUUGAAAUCUCUCAGAGUGAUUCCCUGGAAAAGAUAGAAGCUAAUGCCUUUGACAAUCUCCUCAAUUUGUCUGAAAUACUGAUCCAGAACACUAAAAAUCUGGUGUACAUUGAGCCUGGAGCAUUUACAAAUCUCCCCCGGUUAAAAUACCUGAGCAUCUGUAACACAGGCAUCCGAAAGCUUCCAGAUGUUACGAAGAUCUUCUCCUCUGAAUUUAAUUUCAUUCUGGAAAUUUGUGAUAACUUACACAUAACCACCGUACCAGGAAAUGCUUUUCAAGGGAUGAAUAAUGAAUCCAUAACACUAAAACUAUAUGGAAAUGGAUUUGAAGAAAUACAAAGUCAUGCAUUCAAUGGGACAACGCUGAUUUCCCUGGAGCUAAAGGAAAACGCGCACCUGGAGAAGAUACACAAUGGCGCCUUCCGGGGGGCCACAGGGCCUAGCAUCUUGGAUAUUUCUUCCACUAAACUGCAGGCCCUGCCUAGCUAUGGGCUGGAGUCCAUUCAGACACUAAUUGCCACAUCAUCCUAUUCUCUGAAAAAACUGCCAUCAAGAGAAAAAUUUACCAAUCUCCUGGAUGCCACAUUGACUUACCCCAGCCACUGCUGUGCUUUUAGAAACUUGCCAACAAAAGAGCAGAAUUUUUCAUUUUCCAUUUUUAAAAACUUUUCCAAACAAUGUGAAAGCACAGCAAGGAGACCAAAUAAUGAAACACUUUAUUCUGCCAUCUUUGCUGAGAGUGAACUGAGUGGCUGGGAUUAUGACUAUGGUUUCUGCUUACCCAAGACACUCCAAUGUGCUCCUGAACCAGAUGCUUUUAAUCCCUGUGAAGAUAUUAUGGGCUAUGACUUCCUUAGAGUACUGAUUUGGCUGAUUAAUAUUUUAGCCAUCACGGGAAAUGUGACUGUCCUCUUGGUUCUCCUGACCAGUCGUUAUAAACUGACAGUGCCCCGCUUUCUCAUGUGCAACCUCUCCUUUGCAGACUUCUGCAUGGGGCUCUACCUGCUACUCAUUGCCUCAGUUGAUGUCCAAACCAAAGGCCAGUAUUAUAACCAUGCCAUAGAUUGGCAGACAGGGAGUGGAUGUAGCGCUGCUGGCUUCUUCACUGUAUUUGCAAGUGAACUUUCUGUCUAUACCCUCACAGUCAUCACACUAGAAAGAUGGCACACCAUCACCUAUGCUAUUCAGCUGGACCAAAAGCUGCGAUUAAAACAUGCCAUUCCGAUUAUGCUUGGAGGAUGGCUCUUUUCUACUCUAAUCGCCAUGUUGCCUCUUGUGGGUGUCAGCAAUUACAUGAAGGUCAGCAUUUGCCUCCCCAUGGAUGUGGAAACCACUCUCUCACAGGUCUACAUAUUAACCAUCCUGAUGCUCAAUGUGGUGGCCUUCAUCAUCAUUUGUGCUUGCUACAUUAAAAUUUAUUUUGCAGUUCAAAAUCCAGAGCUGAUGGCUACUAACAAAGAUACAAAGAUUGCUAAGAAAAUGGCAGUCCUCAUCUUCACCGAUUUCACCUGCAUGGCACCAAUCUCUUUCUUUGCCAUCUCAGCUGCCUUCAAAGUGCCCCUUAUUACAGUAACCAACUCUAAGGUUUUACUGGUUCUUUUUUAUCCUGUCAAUUCGUGUGCCAAUCCGUUUCUGUAUGCAAUUUUCACAAAGGCAUUCCGAAGGGAUUUCUUUCUGUUGCUGAGCAAAUUUGGCUGCUGUAAAUAUCGAGCUGAACUUUAUAGGAGGAAGGAUUUUUCAGCUUAUACCUCCAACUGCAAAAAUGGCUUCACUGGAUCAAAUAAGCCUUCCCAGUCUACCUUGAAGGUGACCACAUUACAAUGUCAAUAUUCAGCUGUCCUGGACAAGACUUGCUGUAAGGAGUGUUAACUGUUAUAUCAGUAACCACAUUACUGAAUUAUACUUAAAUAUGUAAAAAAAAUUAUCUGUACCAGUAAUUUUAACAAAGAGCCAAUUUCAGGUAAUUAUGUGUUAGGCACAUUAGGCAAAAAAAGACCUCGUCCUAGCUCAAAGUGUGGUCUAUGACCAUUGCCAGUCUAAAAACUAUGCGUCACUGGCACAUGAUAACAAUACAGAAGUUGACAGUGUUUAGAAACUUUUACAGCAAUUUUGGCAAAGUAAUUUUAUGUCUGUUGAAUCUAAUAUUUUAAAAAUGAGGUGGUAUUUUGCAUGUCUUUAAUUUUUUCUCAUUUUGUCCUUGCAAUAAUUUUUAUUGCAUUUUAUAAAAAUGUUAGCCCAUAACAUUUGAAGUUUAAAAUAACUUGUCCUUUUCAUCAGAUAGCUUGAGAAAUACACUCUAGAGAUGCACUGUUCAAUCUGGUACCCACCAGACACAUGUAGCUAAAUUAAAAUGAAAUUAAAAAUGUAGUUUCUCAGUUGCACUAGCCACAUUUCAAAUGCUCAAUAGCCACACAUGAUCAGUGGUUACCCUAUUAGACGGCACAUACACAGAACAGUUUCAUCAUCACAGAAAGUUCUACAGGGUAGUGCUGUCCUAAAGAGGUUUAUCUAUCCCAUCUAGGUUCUACUAUUUAAAGUAAAGUAAGCAUCUAAAGGCACAUUUCAGCCUGUUGGUUUGGUGUUUAGUCUCUAAAGAGCAAUGAAGCAUUAAACAGUAUACUGUAAACUCCUUGUGGGUAGGAACCCUGUCUCAAUUUUGUUUCCCUGUCUCCUAGCUCAGGAUCUCGGCAAUAGUAUCCAACAAAUGUGCUGGAUUACACUGAAGUUAUGAAAUCUAUAAGGAAAAAAAUUUUUUUUUUCUUUCUAGGGCCCUAUCUUUUAUGGAAGUAAAAGAAAAUAUUUAAAUAUUUUAAAAUGCUUAACUUUCAUCAUUUCUAUCUUUGAGGGUAUAGAAAAAUACAUCCAAUAUUUGCUAGAGGUAUUUUUAUUUAUCAGAAUUGACUCUUAUAGGACAAUGAAAUUAUGGUUUUAAUUGCAGUGUUUUUUGUAAGUUCCUUUGACACUUUAAAGUAACUCACUGAAAGUUUAUUAUAUGCCAAACAUGUUGAUAAGUAUUUUAUAUAAUUUAACCCAUUUAAUCUUCAUAAAACUCUAUGAUAAAGAUAUUAUUCACAUUUUAUAAUAGAGGAAAACCUAUUACAAUUUUCCCAAGUUCUCAAAACUAAUAACAGAUUCAACUAAUGGGAUUCAAACUCAAAGUUCUGAUUCAGGACCCCAGCCUCUUAACCACUGUGUUCUACUGCCUCCCAUACUGGUAAAUCAUAGCCAUCCAAAGGCCCCCAACAUUUUCAAACAUAUGAAAAGUUGAAAUAAUUGUAUGUGCACAUCCAUACACUUAGAUUCAACAUUUUACUAUACUGGUUUCAUAACAUACCUAUAUAAUUAUCUACCAGUAUUUAUCCAUCCAUCAUUUCUGAUGCAUUUUAAGUUGCAGACCUCAGUAAUUGUCAGCCCUUAAACACUUCAGCGUGCUUAUCAUUAACCAAAGUUUAGUAUUUGUCUACAUUUUUAAGGUAAAAUUUACAUAUGGUGAAAUGGACAAAUCCUAAGCAUAUCAUUUAAUGCAUUUUGAGAAAUGGAGACACCCAAAACCUCCAUGAAGAUAUAGAACACUCACCCCAGAAAGUUUCCUCAUGCCCCUUCUUAAUUAACCCCUCACCCCUACCCUAUAGGGGUAAUAAUGGUUAUGAUUUUUUUCCCCAUAGAUUAAUUCUUGUCUGCUCUAGAACUUCAUAUAAAUAAAAUCAUACAGUUUAUACUCUAUUUUGUAAGGCUCUUUGACUCAGUACAAUGUUAUUGCUAUUUAUCACUGCUGCUGCUUGAAUUAGUAGUUCAUUCCUUUUUCAUUGAUGAAUAGUAUCCCACUGUAUGAAUAUAACACUGUUUUCCAUUUUCUUACCAAUGGAUAUCUGACCUAUUUCCAGUUUUUAGCUCUUCUUUGGCAUUUAUUAAAUAAAUGUAUAGUCAUAACUAGACUUUCUACACAUUUAGUCUGCUUUCAAUCAUUAUGCCAUUUUGCAAAAUAAUUCAAAAUAGACUAUAAAAAAGUAUAAACUUUAUAAAAUAUUCUCUUCUCUGUAAUGUGUUUUUUAUAUUUGACUUUUCUACUCCACAACUAGUUACUUGUCCUCACUCAGAUGCAGUCCUCUCUCUUGUAAGCAAGCGUUCUAGAAUUUGUCUCAAUGAUAUGAGAGAAUGCUAAUUAGUCAUGUUGCUGUAUACACACACAAUAAACUUUUUGAUUCACAAUCACAGAACCAAAACAACUAAGCAAGGAAAACAGCAGAAUGUAAAACAAAAGAAAAAAUAAAAUAUAACCUUGUGGAGAAACUUUUAAUUAUGAACUCUUAAUUAUUGUUUGAGCCUAAGGUACUUGUACCCAUGCACUGAAAACAACUUUUACAGCCUUUUCCACAAAUACUGAUCUUUAUUUUCUACAUUAUAAUUUAAGUUUUAACAUAUAGAGUCAUAGUGUACUGUCUUCCUCAUUCUCACAUCCUUUCAUUCACUAAUUAUUCCUUUCAAUUGUCUUCCACAUCAGUUCUUUAUUUUGCUUCCCUACCACCACGCCCACAUCUCAGGCCAUUUCCCCUUACCUCUGGAGUAUUACUAUACCUCCCUCAUUUUUAUUCAUAUCCAACCUUCCCCAUGUCCACACUCUCAUACCCACCACCACUGAUUAAUCACCCUGAAGUCCGAUCUCAUCUUAUUACACACCUGCCAAAACUUCUGAGCGGUUCAUCAUUACCUAUAAAUUUUAGCUCCUAGCCUAACAUUCAAAGAGCUCCAGAAUCUACCCUCAAGUUUGCUCACUUUAUCUCCUGUUUUUCUACAUGAAACAAGUUGCUCCAAUUACUUUUCGCUAGCUAUGCAUCUCCAUGCUGGUGCCUGUGCCACUCUUACCACCUGGCGCACCUUCUUCCUUACCUGUCCUCCUCCUGUGUUCUUUAAGACCCCAGCUACAGGUUUAUCUUAUCAAAUUCUUCUUAAUCCACUCCCUCCCUAAUCCACUAUAGUCAAGACACUGCCUUUACUUCAAAUAAAGCAGGGCAUAAAUAAUAAAUAUGUAACCCAUGAUGGUUUAGCUCUUUAGACUUCCUUAGUACCUGUCAUCUGUAUCACGUAUUUUUUGUUCUACACUGCUGGUAUUAUUAUCUUUACAUGUAGAUCUCUUAUUUCACCUACCUUAUAAAUUCCUUUAGUGAUAUACUCAUCUCCUACUUCUUCGUUUCUCCCACUAUACCUAUCCUAGUCUUGCACAUGAGGUGAUUAAUAUUUUUAGCUGAUUCACUUUUAUAACUGAAAUAUAAAACAAUCCUUGUUAAGAAGCAUUUUCCUUAUGAGAUGGUCUCAUAGAAAGUGUGUAUGUUCCUAAUCUGUAUAAUCUCUCAUACAUAAAUCAUAAAAACAUCAAAUGCUCAAGAAAUUUAUACUUCUAUCAUGUAUUUUUUUUUUACCACGUUUGAAUUUAUCACUUGUAGGUAGCAAAAUGACUAAAAAGAGUUAAUUUGGAGUAGCUCAUCUAAACUUAUAAAAUAUUUUUAAAAGGCAUUUUGUCCAAAUGUUAUAACAUUUGCUAUAAAGGGCCUG